AUGAUAACUAUUUGUCUAAUUCUGUUCCUGUUAUUCUCACAAAUGCUAUCUGAUCCGACCUAUGUGGAAGAGCUGCAAGAUCUCUUGAAUAGCAAAGUUGAUAUAUUAGAUUUAGAAGCACUCAAGUAUGAUGAUGAAAUGACAAGAUGGAAUAAAAUGAGGAAAAUCCAUUUUAUGCUCAUGAAAAAACCGAAGGAGAUAAGGUCUCAAUUCAAGACCAGAAUGCGUAUAAGACAAAGUAUGCACGAUGAAUUUAUCGAAUCGAGAUUAAGUAGGACCGAUGACCCAGUGAUCAAGGAUUUCUGGAACCAAAUUAACAGUCUUGACGCCAAUUGGAGCAUUUCCGAAGGAGAAGCAGCCGAGCAGGAGUUUCAGUUGCUUGCCAAACUUACUCCUCAACAACGUAGAUCACUUGGAAAUAUUUGGCGUUGUUGA